AUGGCACCCCAACCCCAUCCCUCUCGUCUAGCCAUAGCAUUACUCUUUCUCUUCUUUCCACUGGCGGCAAUUGCAGAUAAAGGGACUGCGACCUUCUACACACCUCCAUACUUUCCUUCUUCCUGUGAUGGAAAUAAAGAUGAAGGCGUGAUGAUUGCUGCUGCAAGCGACGCAAUUUGGGACAAUCGAGCUGCGUGUGGAAGAAGGUACAAUGUUAAAUGCAUUGGUGCAACCAACAAGGGUGUCUCCCACCCCUGCAAUGGCAACUCUGUCGUCGUGAAAAUUGUCGACUACUGCCCAUCACCUGGAUGCCAAGGCACCAUCGACUUAUCAAAAGAAGCUUUUGCUUCCAUUGCCAAUACUGAUGCAGGCAAAAUAGUUAUCUCCUUCGAGCGGUAG